AUGACGAUGUUUGUAAUCAUAGUAACAGUCGUAAGUUUGAUUUUUAGUGCUACUGCUGCUAUUGAUAAUGAUACAAUUCAAGUUCCACUUUCAACAACAUGUCGCGGUGGGCUAGGACAAAUUUAUUAUUUUAAAUACCAAUCAGAAGAUUUUAUUUAUAGUCAAAGUGAUAAUUUUCAAAUAAUACCUAAACUUGAAAUAAAAUUUUAUCUAGUGCAGCCAACAUUAUUUAAAAUAACAUUUCAAGGUCGACUUUAUCAUAAUUAUGGCAUAACAUAUACAUUUAUUCAAGUUGUAGUUAAUGGUAAUUUAAUUAUCGGAAACAAAGUUAUUCCAAAUACAGUAAAUCGUGGUCAUUUAGUACCAACAUUGACAUACCAGCAACGAGAAUCAAACGCUGAUAUUGAUCGACAUGGUGGUCAUUACUAUUUUGAAAGUGCUACAGCACAACAAGUUUAUGUACAAACUGGAUGUACAAGGAUAGCAUUGGUUUAUCUUGCGCCUGGUACACUUACAUUUAAUGUUGGAAUAAGAUCAUCUAUUCGUCCAGGUACAAUUGGUUAUAGUGUGCUUAUGUUUGAGGCAACUCAGAUUGAUCCAAACGCAAAUAUCAAUAUGCCAUUAAUAACUUUCACAAGUACCAGUCUUUGA